UGCAGGAAAUGUUCUUUCUAUUACACAUACAAACGUCCUCGCCACAGGUCCUGGUUGGACCGUUAGCAAUCCAUUCAAGCCAACAAGUUUGGAGAGAAUGUUGAGUUUAAUCAAUUCAGAACGUCGAGAUGGAGCCCAACUCACUCAUGUGGGUAGGCUCACCUUGUGGUUUGCACGGACCUUACAUUUUCUACAAGGCAUUUCGAUUUCACCUUGAAGGCAAACCAAGAAUAUUGUCCCUCGGCGACUUUUUCUUCGUAAGAUGUAAGCCAGGGGAUCCGAUUUGCAUAGCGGAGCUCCAGUUGUUAUGGGAAGAAAGGACAAGCAAGCAACUUUUAUCCAGCUCCAAACUUUAUUUUCUCCCAGAAGAUACUCCCCAGGGAAGGGCUGUCAGUCAUGGAGAGGACGAGGUGAUCGCCGUGUCAGAGAAGGUCAUCGUGCGGCUGGAGGACCUGGUGAAAUGGACGGUGCGGGAUGCGUCGUGCUGGAUGCAGGGCCUGAAGGCGAUGCCCCUCAAGCCGACCGUGCUGCGGGAGCUCGGCAAGAACGGUCAGCGCGAGACGCUACACCGCUACCGAGAGUCCAUGCUCAACAGCGGCCUGAACUUCAAAGACGUGCUCAAGGAGAAGGCCGAGCUAGGUGAGGACGGUGAGGACAAACGUGUCCUGGUUCUGAGCUACCCACAGUACUGCCGGUACCGCUCGGUCAUCGCGCGCCUGCGGGAGCGGCCCGCCUCGCUGCUGACGGACCAGGUGGUCCUGGCGCUGGGCGGCAUCGCCUCGCUCACCAGCAGCACGCAGAUCCUCUACUGCAGGGACACCUUUGAGCACCCCACGCUCGUCGAGAACGAGAGCGUCUGCGACGAAUUCGCGCCCAAUCUGAAGGGCCGGCCCCGGAAAAAAAAGCUGUCAAUCUCCCAGCGGCGCGACUCCCAGGGCCAGAACACAGCAGCCAAGGAGCCCAGCGGCUCCGACAGCAAGGCCCCUGCCAAGGUGAAGGCAGAAACAAAGGCUGCGGCAGCGUCCAACAAGCCCAAGAACGGCAGCACCAGCAGCAGCAGCAGUAAUGGCAGCCACUGUAAGAAGCCCACGUCGUCGGCGGAGGAGAAGCUGAAGCCCAGCGGUGGGGACGAGGGCAGUGAAGGGGAUGAGGAGCAGGCCUUCCUCGUGGCCCUCUACAAGUACAUGAAGGAGAGGAAGACGCCCAUCGAGAGGAUACCGUACCUGGGCUUCAAACAGAUCAACCUUUGGACUAUGUUUCAAGCUGCUCAGAAGCUGGGAGGAUACGAGGUGAUCACAGCUCGUCGACAGUGGAAAAAUGUAUACGAUGAGCUCGGCGGUAACCCUGGAAGCACCAGUGCAGCCACGUGCACGCGGAGACACUACGAAAGGCUCAUUCUGCCCUAUGAGAGGUACACCAAAGGUGAGGAAGACAAACCCCUUCCCCCCGUUAAGCCGCGCAAGCAGGAGGGUAACGGCCAGGAGGGCGGCGCCACCACCACCACCACCACCGCCGCCACCGCCGCCACCACCACCACCAGUCCAGCCGGCGCCAAGACGAAAGUCCCCACCAGCACCAAGCGGCCCAAGGAGGAGCAGAACCACAGGCCCAAACUGGACAAGGAGCCCACCGCAGCAGCAGCAGCCGCCACUGUCGCCGUCAAAGACUCAGACAGCCCAGAGGACCUGAAGAAAGAGGAGGUGGAGCCUCUUCAAGACGAGGAGAAGGCACAGCCCAAACAGGAGGUCCAGGGAGACCCCGAGAGUGGCCGCACCAAGGAGGGCGAUGAGGAGCAGGACGACGUCGAGGAGGUGGUGGAGGUCAAGCCGGAGGUGAAGGAGGAGCCGGAGAGUGUACGCAGCCUUGAGAGAACAGCGCCCCCUCGCGGGGCUCUCUGGGAUGGCGGGCGGCCCGUCAGCCCCGCGGGCGACUCGGCGGUCGCCGCCCCGCAGACGGACAACGCCAGCGGCGCCAGGUUCAAAGACGACGAGGUGUUCGCGGUGGCGGCUCCUGCCAAGCCUCUCCACCAUCCCCACCACCCCCACCACCACCACCACCACCACGCCAUCGCUAGCCAGUGGCAGCCGUCGGGGGUGGGCGCAGAGUUCGCCGUGGUGCCCCCUCCACUGAGCAAGAUGGGCAGACCGGAGCUCCCUGCGGGCACGACGAAAGAGAACCACAGCCACGUGGGCAUGGUCCUGCCCACCCUCCAGCAGCGGCCGCCGUCGUCGUCGCUGCAGCCCCUUCUGGCCCCGGAGAUCCCCACUGAGCGGGCCGAGCUGCCCGGCAAGGACGACGCCACCACGUUCGGCUACUCGCCCUUCCUCCCGUACCCCAAGGCCAACCCCGGCAUCAUGUCCCCCCUGGCCAAGAAGAAGCUGCUCUCUCAGGUCAGCGGAACGUCCCUGUCCAGCAACAACAACAACAGCAGCAGCAGCAGCAGCGGCGGGAACUACUCCUACGGACUGCCGCCGCCUCUCAUCUCCAGCAAAGGCUCGGGGGGAGUGGUCAUCGGAGCGGAGGAGGCCGCGGCGGCAGCGGCAGCAGUGCAGCAGGACGGCGUGUUCGUGAACAGGCCCUCGGUGAUCCAGCACGCCCAGAGCUUCAGGCUCCACGGGGGCGCCGACGAGCAGCAGAGACCCCCCAGCAAAGAGGCCCUGCAGAGGGACGGCAGUGGGGUGCCGCCGUCGCCGUCGGAGACCUUCUCCACCCAGAACCACCAACACCACCAACACCACCAACAACACCAACACCACUCCCAUCCUCAUCCUCACCCCCAUGCCCAGCACAAGGGUCAGUCCGGCCCGACGUUGGACCCUUACCUGCUGAGGGCCGAAUCGGACGGCGGGGUGGUGGAGAGGCCCCCCGAAACGCCCCGGCCGGGACACGCGCCCAGUUUCCCCGGCGACUUCUACUCGUCGCCGCACCUGCACAGCCUGUACCGGCAGGCCGAGCACCACCUGGGCAAGGAGCACCUGAACAAGUACCUGCACGCGCGCGAGGCCUUUCCCAGAGACUGCGAGAGCGGCGCGCCAGGCUUCCCCCAAGGCCAGCAUCAUCAACCGCCAGCCGAGGGCAUCGGCCUGGGCUACGGGGCCUGCCUGCCCCCGAAGGACAAGCGUCCCUCAGGAGGAGAGAGGACCGCCGAGGACCAACCCACGGACUUGAGUCUCCCAAAGUCGUCCCCUCCCAAACUGCCCUCGUCCUCCUCCCCUUCCAUGUGCAGCAUGCCCCAUGCGCCCAUGGUCCCUCCUCAGGACUUGAAGUCGACCAACACACCUCUGCCCUACCAGGCGGCCAGCGGGCAAGCCUCCAGCCUGGACUACCACCCGAGGGCUUGUCGCGUCCCCCCGAUGACCACGUCCACGUCCAAGAAUCCGGCCGAGCCCCUUCCGCACCAGCCACAGCCGUUCCCGCGGGCGAUGGAGAAGGCCGGGCACCACCACCACAACGGCCGCGCGGAGUCAUCGGACUCGAUCGUCGGGUUCAAGGUGGAGGAGCUGGCGCGGCCCAUCCUGGGCACCAAGAGCUGCCCGCAGAACGUGGGCGCCGCCCGGCCCCUCAAGCGGUCGCUGGCCAGCGACGGGCUCGAGAACGGACUCCCGGAGAAGAAGGUGCGCGCCGUGACGCCCAUGCACUGCUCCCUGCCGAGCAGGGACGCCUCCUGCAAGACGACGCGGACGCCGGAGCCCGAGGCCGAGCCGGUCAAGCGUGCCGACCCGACCCCCCCACUGCCCCCACGCCAGCACCACGCCAACGGAUACGCGCCGGAGGGCCACAAGUACCCCUUCCACACGCCCAUCUUCCCCAUCUACCCGGGGGCCUCCAUGUUCCAGAUGCACGACAUGUGUGACGGCAUGGCUGGCCCAGUGCCUGCUGGGUACUCGCACCCGCUGCAGUACCUGAAGAACCAGACCGUCCUCUCUCCUCUUCCCCCCUUCGCCAUCCAUUCCUUCAUGAUGCAGAGACAGCUAUUGGCUCAGGCCGCCGCUAGCCCCUCCCACCUUUACCAACACCCAAUGGGGCCGCCCUACGGGGACUUGCUCCAUCACGGACUGUACCCCAUGUCUGCCCUUAACCCUCAGCCUGCCUUCAGCCCCCAGCAACUUUCAUCCGUACACCCCAGCACCAAACUGUCCUAGGCCAACAGCCCCCCCCAUCCCAAGCCCUUCUUUUAUGUGACAUUCUUAAUCAA